CAACGAAACGAAUAAUUACGAGUCCUGUCCUGCAAACUUUGCGCCACGACAAGCAGCCUCCGCAAACAACACCUUGCAUCUCUCCGCGCACCGUGGAAUUGCUCCUCAAGCUUGGAAGACUGUAUUAUUGAAAACAUCUGGAAUUGGAACGGAGAGAAAAGAUGGAUUCUGUGGAGCCUGAACAAACCCCUUUCGCGGCAGUGUCUGCGCAUACCUCGAGGCUGCAACGUCAAUACCAAGCAUGGUUAGACAAAUCGACGCCUUAUGUACCGUAUCGAUGGUUGGGGACAAUCUUCCUUCUGAUGAUCUUCUUCACGAGAAUAUUUGUCGCGCAAGGAUGGUACAUUGUGGCUUAUUCACUCGGAAUCUACCUUCUCAAUCUCUUCCUAGCAUUCCUGCAACCGAAAUUCGAUCCCUCGAACGAGGCUAUAGAUAAUGAUAUGGAGGAUGGAUCCGCAGGUGGUCUUCCUACGAAACAGGAUGAGGAAUUCAGGCCUUUUAUUCGUCGUCUUCCUGAGUUCAAAUUCUGGUACUCGGCUACCAGAGCAAUCGCAAUUGGUUUCGUGUGUACUUGGUUCGGAAUCUUCGAUGUCCCGGUUUUCUGGCCCGUGUUGGUGGUUUACUGGUUGAUUCUCUUCGCGUUGACGAUGCGGAGACAAAUCCAACACAUGAUCAAAUACCGAUACGUCCCCUUCUCCUUCGGCAAAGCGAAGUAUACCAAGAACAGCUCUUGAUCGAAAUCGGGACAAUGGUGGAAACGAGAUGCAGGAUGUAUCGAAUAUGAUGGCAAACCAUCAAUUGUACAAAAAGUAUUUGUUGCAACAAAGGAGAGAAAUGCAUGAUGCUUGGGAGCGAGACUUUAAAGCCCUUUAAUGAUGAUUCUAUGCUGCUAUACCUAGGGUUUUUACGGUCAUACAAGGUUGGGCUGGAUGGGCUGCUAGAUGCUUGCCGGAAGAUAGAUGGGAAUAUGAAUGAUCGCCAGCAAAUCUUUCGAGUCUUUCUUGGCUGUGUUUGUGAAGUGAGGAAACCUUUGCUAGAGGUGGUUGUUUUCCUUCCUUGUUUAGAAACAGUUCUCAACUUUCGCACCUCCCCCGCUUCACUGGGACAUCCCCAAGGAGAAUAAAAGUUUGGAGCUCCUCAUUGAGGAAACCUCUAAGAAGCGCGCUGGAACUAAGUGUCCUUCUCUGAGUGAAAGGGUCAAAUGCAACGAUGUUAACUUCUUUAUAUGGC